GGCACCGAUGGUCGAAGGGAAACCGUAUCGAUACGGGCUGAUAGCGGCGGGGAUGUGUGUGGCGGCAGUCGGCCUCUUCAUCAUGACUCAGGAGCAACCGCACGUCUAUGCCGCAAUGUGCGCUCUGGGCGUCACCAUGGUGUGUAUCGGGACUGUGUGGAGCCUCUGCCAGUGCUAUCCCAAGGUCAUUUUGGCUCCUGAGAUUCAGGAGAAAAGUCGAGAGGAUGUGGUGUUUACUGGAGCAAGGCGUGCUGAGGCUCUGCCGAGCCUCUGUGGCCAAAAGUCGAGUAACAGCAGACUUCCUCCUGAAGCCCUGAUGAGCCACAGCUGUCCUACAUUGCACCUGGUCUGAAAGAGGGACACGGUCCAGCAUCAGAGUCCUCAUUGGUCCAAUCCAAACACUCCACCACACUCGGGACAGAGAAGAGAUCCUCUGGUGCAUUUUUUAAAUUUUGUUUUUUUACAGCGAAUAAAAGUGCAUUUUGUAUCACUUUGUAUUUGUUAAUAAAGUUGAAUGUGUAUUGCAUUUAUAUUCCAGAGGAUGGCACUAUUUACUGAAUGA